AUGACGAAUAACAACAGCGGGUUGAACGGGAGCGCGCGGGGAAUGCCCGCUUCCGCCGACAUGGACUCGCUCGAGGAAAUGCUCCGUAAGCUGUCAGAACUCGAGCAGCGAGUUCUGGAAGCCGAGGGCAGAGCAGAGGAAGCGGAAGACAAGGUCCGCGCCAUGGAGCAGCGGCUUUGCGAGUGGCCGGCGGGCGCUGAUGGAGCACCGAGAGCCAUCUCGCGACUAGAAGGGCAAAUCGAAGAACAGAAGCAGCUGCGACUCCAAGACGCGAAGCAAGUAGAAGCAAAGGCCGCUCGUAUUAAAGAGUGGGUGACCAAUAAACUCCGAGAGCUUGAACAGCAAAAUCAGCUGUUGAGAGAACAAAACGACCGCUGUAACCAGCAAUUAGAGCUGCUCAGAAAUCAUAUAGCCACUCAAGGGAGCAGAAAUUGUAAUUUUCUACCGACUCGAGCUAGUCUUUCCUUUGAAGUGAGGACUGAGGAAGGCUCCAGGACUUCCUCCAGCCUAUUGGCUGCGAACAGACGUCGAUCAGAAAGCCUUGAGGGGCCUCAGCUGCCACUAACUUCAUCAGAGCCGCACUAUAGUACUCCGGUGCGGCACAGGCGCAAUCUCUCAAUAGGCGCAACCAACUUGAUGCAAAGCAACGUGACCGCAUCUAAUCAGGUGGCUUUGAACACGAUGAACCGAACAAUGGACGAGCGAACGACGGCCAGCUUACUCGCCGACGAUUUAGCGACUGCCGUUGAAAAUUUAGUAGUAUUGCCGACAACUCCUAAUACUUCAACGGACGGUGAUACUACGCAUGAUUACGCAGAAAUUUAUACUCCAAGCAGAGAACGCACACCAGCAUGGCAGGGCGCAGUGAAUGUGGUGGUUCAAGGCAACAGCCGCGGAGGUUCCUCUACUGGUGAGAGUUCCACGUCAGAAAACCCUCGUCCGCCCACACCACCUUUGCAUCGCUUCCCGAGUUGGGAAGCAAAAAUAUAUCAGGUGGCGGAUGAUGGUCUCCAACAAUCAGUAGAAGAGGAACUGAGCCCUCCUCCUUGCCCUCGGCCCAUGCACGAGUCAACAAGUUACCAGGACCUAUCUGUACCGGUGUAUGCCACAGUUAAAGGGCGUGCCAGUCAAAUAAGAUCAAUGCCAUUUACCGGGGAUUCUUCUGAUGACUCUUCCGAUGGCGAGGAGUCAAUGGGCGUCACUGUUCAGAACACCCCGCAUCACAAUCCAUAUGGCGGGCAUUCGUCGAGCCAAAUACCAAUCAACAACGUGAACAUGACCGGCGUGCUGCCGGCCUCCAUACAGCAGAGCGGGCACGCGCUGCACAACAUCAACACCAACGGCCAGUGCAGCUCCUCCGACACCAGCCUCAGCGCCAGCAGCCCCUCCAAGAGCGUCAAGACCAGCUCGAGCCUGAGCCCGGCCAAGCGAUCCAGUAGCGGUUCGCCCAGCAAACAGAGCAAGACCAGAGACACAUCAUUCGAAUCGGGCAUGUCGGACGACUACGCGAUCCCGCCGGACGCGGGCUCGUGUGAAGGCGCGUGCCGCAGCGUGGGGGCCAGCGUGGCGGGCUCGGUUUGUGCAGGGGGCGCGGGCGGUGCGGGGGGUGCGGCAGGGGGUACAGGAAGCGCGCUCGCGCUGGUCGGUGUGGGGGGCGGCUCGGGCGGGCUGGGGGGCGCGGGGGGCGCGGGAGCGGACUCGCCGCGCAGGCACGACGCGCUCGAGAAGAGCGGACACCUCGCCAAGCUGGGCGGCAAGCUCAAGACCUGGCGGAAGAGAUGGUUCGUCCUCAAGAACGGCACGCUUUCCUAUUGGAAGUCUCAAUCUGAAGUGAAUCGAAAACCUCAAGGUCAAAUAGGUCUUGGCGAGGCCUGUAAAAUAUCACGCAACGAAGGAGCGGCCACUUUCGAAAUCUUCACGGGGAGUCGAACUUACUAUCUUACAGCAGACAGUAUUGCUACUAUGGAGGAUUGGAUUAGAGUUUUACAGAAUGUACAAAGAAGAAACGCCACAAAAUUACUUCUUAGUAAAGAAGACAACAAGCCUACUAUUCAGGGUUGGUUGACAAAGGUCAAAAAUGGACACGCGAAAAAAAGUUGGUGUGUGCUGAUCGGAAAAAUGUUUCUUUACUUCAAAUCGCCCGGUGACCAGAAUCCAAUCGGUCAGAUAAACAUGCGCGAUGCCCGUGUAGAAGACGUAGAACACACAUCAGACUCUGAUUCCGAGGAGAAGAACGAUGACGCUCGCAGCCACCUCACUGUCGCCAUCUACCCGCAGCACCAGGGUCCCACGUACCUGCUGUUCGAGAGCAAGGCGGACAAGGACGCGUGGCUUUACCAGCUGACGGUGGUGAGCGGCGGCGGCCUCAGCCAGGGCACGCACUUCGAGCAGCUCGUGCACAAGCUCAUGGAGACUGACGGGGACCCCAACUGCGUGCUAUGGCGGCACCCAACGCUGCUGUAUUCCAAGGAAAACAUAACGUCACCUCUCACUUCGCUUAACUCCGAGGCUCUGCAAGCUGAAGCGUUGAAGCUGUUCAAAUGCGUGCAGCUGUUCAUGUCGGUGGCGGUGGAGCAGGCGGGCAUCGACUACCACGUGGUGCUGGCGCAGAACGCGCUGCAGCAGUGCCUGGACGUGUGCGAGCUGCAGGACGAGCUGGCCGCGUGCCUGGCGCGCCAGACGGCGCCGCACGCGCACACCAAGCACGGCGUGCAGCAACUGCUGCUGUGCGCGACUCAGUCGCUGUUCACUUGCGACACGGGCGCUUCGUCUGUCGGCGACAGCAAGAGCGGUGACAUGCCGCCUAAUACAGCAGGCUCGCCCAGCUCUAUACAGGCGCCAUUGUUAUCUGUGGAUUGUAAAAGCAACCCGCCGACGUACAGCUUUGUCCAAGGCUGGCAGUUGUUAGCGCUCGCUGUGAGCCUCUUUGUGCCCAGGAACAACAGGCUCCUGUGGUACUUGAAGCUGCACCUCAGCAGGCAUGCUGAUUCCAAGACAGAGUGCGGCAAAUAUGCGGCGUAUUGUGCGCGCGCGUUAGAACGUACGAUACGCAACGGCGGACGCGAAGACAAGCCGUCGCGUAUGGAGGUGCUCUCCAUACUGCUGAAGAACCCCUAUCACCACUGUCUGCCUCACGCCAUACCCGUGCACAUGCUCAAUAACACUUACCAGGUAAUAGGAUUUGACGGUUCGACCACAGUCGAGGAGUUCCUAUCAACGCUCAGCACGGAGCUGGGAUGCAGAGAGUCUGCGGCUUCUGGUUUUGCGUUGUUCAGCGAUGACCCCAUAGAAAAAGAUCUAGAGCAUCAUAUUAAACCCGAUAAAAAGCUUUGCGACGUGAUAUCAAAAUGGGAAACGGCGCUUAGAGAGAAGGGGUCUGGAAAAUUCGAGAACUCUCGCGUCAUAAGGCUGACGUACCGGAAUAGGUUAUACUUCAAGAGCUCGGUACGAACGGAGACGGACAAGGAGCGACUGUUGCUCUGCUAUCAAAUUAACCAGCAAGUGGUGGCGGGGCGGUUCCCGGUGACGCGCGAGCUGGCGGCGGAGCUGGGCGCGCUGAUGGCGCAGCUGGACGCGGGCGACUGCACGCCGCCGCACUGCGCGCACUCGCAGCCGCUCGCGCACCGCUUCUACCCCUACCGCUACCGCGCCGGCCUCACCAACGAACAGCUGCGGGAUGUCGAAGAGAAGCUCAAGUCAAAAUGGCUCGCGCUAAAGGGUCGGAGUACAGCGGACUGCGUGCGAAUCUACCUCAAUUGCACAAGGAAAUGGCCUUUCUUUGGUGCCACGCUCUUCCAGGCUAGGAUAAAGCAGCCGGACCUGUCGCUGGUGUGGCUGGCCGUGUCGGAGGAGGGCGUGACGGUGCUGGAGCUGGCCUCCAUGAGCGUGAUCGCGCGCUACGCGCUCAACUGCAUCGGACUCUUCGGCGGACUGCAGGACGAUUUAAUGAUGCUAAUCGACGCGGAAGACGCAACGAGUCCUGUGCACAAAAUGCUUAUCAGCCUGAACAAGCCAAAAAUGGUGGAACUAACGCACCUCAUAGCGGACUACAAAAACGCCUUGCUCCGAACAGGGGCACCUGGCACUCCCCAGAUGAACUCCCUAACGCGCAACGGAAGCCACCGCUCCAUACGGAAACCGACUUCCACCCUCCCACAUUCGAGCCCCUCCACUCUUCCCCACACCCACCAUUUAAGUCAAUCCCAUCACACCCACCACACGACCGGGCAUAACACGUUAAACUCUCACGCCACUACAAUGACCCUGGGCUCGGAGAGGAACGCAACAUUGACCCUAAGCUCCCAUACGUCCACUUUCAACCAACACGUGGAAGCCAGAGUGUUGUCCCAUGGUCAACCAGAUAUAUUAAAAUCGACCCCAGAUCACCACAGAAGUGAAAAGAAGAGAAGCCACACUCAAGAUAGUGGCGUAGCGUGA